AUUUGAAUGUUUUUUUUGGCCUCUAUAUAAGGAAGCGGCGAAAAAGAUGGAGAUUUUAAGUAGUAAAUUUGAAGUUUUAAGUAAUAUUGGUGAUGGGAGCUUUGGAAAUGUUGUUUUAGCACGUAGAAAAGUAUGCAAUGAUUCAGAGCCGCGACUGGUUGCUAUCAAAACCAUGAAAAAGACAUUUCAAACAUUUUCUGACUGCCUAAAACUUAGGGAAAUACAGUCUCUACGUACACUUCCUCCCCAUCCGCAUAUAGUUCCUGUAUAUGAUACUUUUCUUGAUCCUACAACUAAACGUUUACACUUAGUUAUGGAGUACAUGGAGGGAAACUUAUAUCAACUCAUUAAAUCCAGGAAUCGUAAGAGUUUUGAUAUUCAAACAAUACAACAUAUAUUAUAUCAAACAUUGUCUGCUCUGAAACAUAUUCAUGAUCACAAUUUCUUUCAUAGAGACAUUAAACCGGAGAAUAUUUUAGUUUCUACAGUACCAAGUCAGAGAUUAUCAGAAUUAUCAACUCUUAAUAAUAAAUUUUUAACAUCUUCAUCAAAAGAUGUUACUUAUUUAAUUAAACUUGGUGACUUCGGGUUAGCUAGAGAAAUUGAAUCUCAAUCGCCAUAUACAUCAUAUGUUUCAACAAGAUGGUAUCGUGCCCCAGAAGUACUUCUUCGUGCAAACGAAUAUUCUGCACCUGUUGAUAUCUGGGCUUUUGGAGCAAUGGCAGCUGAAUUAGCUACAUUUCGGCCUUUAUUCCCUGGAACAAAUGAAAUUGAUCAAAUAUGGAGGAUUUGUGAAGUUAUAGGUAGUCCUGCUAUAUGGAUCCAUAGUAACAAUAAUACGGAAAUUGGAGGAGGUGAAUGGAAAAAAGGAUUAAAGUUAGCAGAAAAACUUGGAUUUUCUUUCCCAAAGAUUCCACCGAUGUCUUUAGAAACUAUUCUGUCUAAUUCUUGGCCUUCAUCAUUUGCUUCCUUUAUUAGAUGGACAAUACAGUGGGAUCCACUUCGAAGACCUAAUUGUAUCCAAAGUCUUGAACAUCCAUUUUUUAAUAAAAUUGACAAUUCGAUUAAAGUAUCUAUCAUAAAAAUGAAUAUAAAAUCAGAACCAGUAUCAUCUCAACUUAUUGAUAAAAAAUUGAGUAUCGAUCAGCAUAACUUUUAUCUUAAUAAGACAGAAUCUCAUACGCAUAAAAAACAAAUUCCAAAUGAAAAAUGUUCAAAUAUUCAUUCUAUGCCUCAAAAACACUUGUCUUUCAAUUUAAAAUAUUUAUGGUUUCGAAAAAAGUAUGAAGCAGCAGAUUUAAGAGAAUCUAAAUACAAUAAAGACAUUCAAAGUGAUAAUCAUUUAGAAAUUGAUGUAAAUUCGGGGAAAUUUCACUCUAAGCACCAUUGGCGUAAUCUAGUCUGGAAAAGUAAAAUUGCAAACUCAGAUCUAGUAACAGAACCAAUAGCUUCUGAGAAGGCUAUUGAUGAAUUGGUGCAAAUGUCUGGUGAAUCUUCAUUACACAAAGAAAAUGAUGCGUCCAUUAAACCAUUGGUCGUUAAUGAAAAUGAAUCGAAACUGGCUACUAAGAAGAUAGAUCAAUUUAAUUCAACCAUUUUGGAUAUAGAAAGUUCAGCGGUAGAUACAUUAGAAAAAAAUAUAGGUCCCAGUAUGAGUCUUUUUUCACAUUUACGAAAAAAAAAUAAACAAUUGGAAAUUUCAAAAUUCAAAGACCUAUAUAACUCAAAAUCGACUGAUUAUUCUAUAAGUAAUGGUCAAGAUAGCGUGGUUCUUCAUACAUUUCAAUCAUCAGAUAAAACUUCGAAAACCUUUAAUGCAGAAUUGAAUAAAAAACAUACUCAGGAAAUUGCUCAGCCUUUCCAAGACGUAUUUACAUUCACUAAAGAUUCUUAUAGCAGUAUGCAUCAGAACAAAAUGCUAUGUUCUACUAAUCAUCGACAUCAUAUAGUUAAUGGAUCUACUUUGUCUCAAAUUAAAGAUUUUAAAUUUUCGAGUUCAUCAAAUUCUAAUGUUUUAUAUGGACAUAAAAAAAAUGAGGAUAAAUUUACAGAAAAUUCCCUGAAUUUGUCAUAUGAUGUUUCAAAAAAAGCAGAUACUAUUCGAGGGAUAAAAAAGAAUAAAAAUUGUUAUAUGUGUCAUCCUUAUGGUUUAAAGAAUGAGAAAACUGAACGAGAUAUUUCAACUGAUUCAAAAAAUAAAUUGCUUUUAAGACGGGCUUCUCAACCGUUUCAUUCGUCUAGAUUAUAUUUUAAUUUCAAUGUCAUGCAUCAUAAACCAAUUUUAUCCGCUUCUGAUGAAAAAUAUCCUUUAAAAUACGAAAAUAUAACUAAACAAAAUAUUUCAAUUAGAAAAAAGAAACCAUUGGUCGUUUAUUAACUCUACUUUAAAAUCAAGCACUUUUAAUCAAACACAUGUUUUACGA